UGCAAUAAAGUUCAAGCAAAUCUUUUGAAUUUCUCAAAUUUCAACAAAGUCAGAAUUUGCUUGAAAUGGUGUUGGAGUGCAUAUUAGAUAAGUAGUUGAAUACAUGGUUGCACUCACCAUAAAGUUAAAAAAUAUAAAUAAAGAAAGAAAUCGUUAACAAAAAUUAAAACAAAAUUGAUCGAAAAGAAAAUAAAAUAGAAGGAAGCUUCGUCCUUCAAGUAAACGCAAAAGAGUUGGAGGCCAACCCUCACCAAGAAAGUUGUAGAGCGGUGGCGAUUUGGUUCCCUAACACAUGAGAUCCUCAUAUCAAUUAUCAACCCGGCCCGACUUGGUCAACUUCCACGACACUUCAGAACAAAAAUGCAGUGCAUCACUCAAAUUAGGCACAACUUCCAACCACCCCUCACUCUCUCUUCCUCACCAUUCCAUACUUCAACUUUAUAUAUAUACACACAAUAUCAACUCUCUCCCAAUAAUAGCACCUCCUACACAAAUAUAUUCUUCUUAUAACUACUUCUCAUUUCAGGUAAAACCACGUGAUUUAGUAUGCUCUAACUCAUGUCUUUCUAUCUCGGUCAGAUGGCUGGCAGUGGCAAAUCGGGUUUUCAACUCAAUGUUCAGCAGCACAAACCCAGUCUCAUAACUCCUGCAGAGGAAACACCCAAGGGUCUCUACUUCCUUUCAAACCUUGAUCAAAAUAUUGCAGUCAUUGUCCGUACCAUUUACUCUUUCAAAUCAGAGUCCAGAGGCAAUGAAGAUGCAGCCCAAGUCAUUAAAGAUGCUCUUUCCCAAGUGCUUGUCCAUUACUAUCCUCUUGCUGGCCGCCUCACCAUCAGCUCUGAUAAGAAACUCAUUGUGGAUUGUACGGCGGAGGGUGCUGUGUUUGUGGAGGCUGAAGCUGACUGUUCCAUUGAAGACAUUGGAGAUAUAACUAAGCCUGAUCCUGACACUCUUGGAAAGCUUGUUUAUGAUAUCCCUGGCGCUACCAACAUACUUCAGAUGCCACCUCUUGUUGCCCAGGUGACUAAGUUCAAAUGUGGUGGAUUUGUUGUGGGGUUGUGCAUGAAUCAUUGUAUGUUUGAUGGGAUUGGGGCAAUGGAAUUUGUGAAUUCAUGGGGUGAAACGGCAAGGGGGUUACCUUUGACUGUUCCGCCGUUUCUAGACAGAAGCAUUCUCAAAGCAAGGGAGCCACCGGUGAUUGAGUUUUCUCACGGUGAAUUUGCUGAGAUAGAAGAUGUAUCCAACACUUUUAAGCUUUACGGGGACGAGGAAAUGCAUUAUCGGUCCUUCUGCUUUGAGCCGGAGAAGCUGAAUAAGCUCAAACAGAUAGCAUUGGAAGAUGGGGUUUUGAAGAAAUGUACAACGUUCGAAGCUCUGUCGGGAUUUGUAUGGAAGGCAAGAACAGAGGCUCUACGAAUGAAACCCGAUCAACAAACAAAGCUUCUCUUCGCCGUCGAUGGACGAUCUAGGUUCAAGCCCACAAUUCCGAAAGGGUACUCUGGAAACGCUAUCGUUUUAACCAACUCGAUAUGCAGCGCUGGGGAGCUUCUGGAAAAUCCUUUGUCAUAUGGGGUGGGGCUGGUUCAGAAGGCGGUGGAGAUGAUCACAGACAGCUACAUGAGGUCAGCCAUCGAUUUCUUCGAAACAACGAGAUCAAGGCCUUCAUUGGCGGCGACACUGUUGAUCACGACUUGGUCGAGGCUAGGAUUCCACACGACGGACUUCGGGUGGGGGGAACCGGUGUUUUCAGGGCCGGUGGCGUUGCCGGAAAAGGAGGUGAUUCUAUUUCUAUCUCAUGGGAAAGAAAGGAAGAGUAUAAAUGUGCUUUUGGGGCUUCCAGCUUCUGCCAUGGAAAUCUUCCAACAGGCCAUGAAAUUUUGAGGGAAACAAAAACCUUUAUUCUACUCUGUUUCCAAGCUCUCAUUGUAGCAAAAGAUGAGGAAAAAAACCAUCUUUAUUACUAUAUUCAUCCCACAAUGUGUUGUUUUCAUCUUUCUAUUUCAUAUUAUUUUACAAUUUCAUGUGAUGUGAUUAUCCACAUUUUUCUAUUAAAUAAUACAUUGUUCCAUGUUUGUUCAAAGA